UCUAUCUCUCCCGCGUCUCUUUUUUCUUCUUUCCCUAGCAGAAAUCAAUUCAAUUGUUGUUGUUGUUCUUAUUCUUUUCCAUUGUAAUUUUUCUUUUUUUAGAUGAUUUUUUUGUUUCAUUCAUGGGUUUCAGUUUAUAGUUGCGGCGGAGAGGGUUCGGAUAAGACCUCCAGCUUCGUAAAUGUUGGCUGAUUCUCGAGUUUUUUUAUGAUGGUUGUAUGAUCGUUGUUCUUCUGUGGAUGAUAUAGAAUCUCUAGCAGUUUUUCAUCAUAUACUUGCAAAUGAUCCAGGGAAGAGUCUUUUACGGUUCAAAUAGUCUCUUCUUCUCCUACGGGUUUCAUGGGGUUUUGCAGUUACUUAGAAGAAGUGUGGUUGGAACAUCGUUUCAGCUCCGAGGCUUUGCUGCCAAAGCUAAAAAGAAAUCCAAGUCAGAUGGAAAUAGAUCAUCUGAAGAUGGUAUAUAUGUCGAAAAAGGAGAUGGCUCUUUAGCAAGCACUUGAUCAGAUUACAAGUUCAUUUGGCAAAGGGUCCAUAAUGUAUCUCAGUCGUGCUGUUUCUCCUCGAAAUGUCCCGGUUUUCUCUACCGGAUCUUUUGCCCUUGAUGUAGCUUUGGGAGUUGGUGGCCUUCCUAAGGGGCGUCUUGUGGAGAUAUAUGGUCCUGAAGCAUCGGGAAAGACAGCACUUGCUCUUCAUAUGCUGAGCAUGCUCUUGAUUCGAUCACUUGCUAAGGCAAUCGGUGUAAAUACAGAAAAUCUGCUUCUAUCACAGCCUGAUUGUGGCAAACAGGCCCUUAGUCUUGUGGAUACUUUGAUCCAAAGUGGUUCAGUUGAUGUUAUUGUAGUUGAUAGUGUGGCUGCUCUUGUACCUAAAGGAGAACUCGAUGGAGAGAUGGGUGAUGCCCAUAUGGCUAUUCAAGCCAGAUUGAUGAGUCAAGCUUUGCUCUCUUAUGAGAAUGUAUCUUUACUUCCCCAUGUUUCAUAUUCAGGUGAGAUCAAAACUAUCUAUUUGGAGGAUUUGGAGUUCUUCAGAAUGACUAAAUGCUUGUGUUUGAAUGCUUGUGCACACAACGGGAAGUCAAGUCUCCGUGAAGAUAGUGAAGAACAAGCUCGCUCCGCCAUUUAAGUAUCUUACACAACUGUUUUACCAGAGUCAAACUCUUAAAGCCAGCCAUCAAGUCAUGUUUUAGAGAUCUAAUAUAUAGAUAAAAAAUACACAAUUUGGUGUUCACAUGGUUCUUUCUCUUCUUCUUGUUUGCUUAGUAUGAACAGAUACAUGACCUGCAAAGGGACGUGGUUAGCAAGUGCAGGGGCUUACCAACCUGCUGAAGUUGUCGAAUAUGCGUCUUGAAAGUAGUAUCCAGACACUUCUUUGUAUACUCGGACACAACCAAUACUUUCCUGUGAUGGUUCACACCAACACACCUGACGACUAUGUCCAUGUGCCUAGAAUAUAUACCCACUUGGGGAUAAGAAGAGAGAAGAACAAGUUUAAACGAUACAAAGUACAUUAAUCGGAUAGAAACUCGAUAAGAGAAAGGUCCAGCCAAAAAUUGUGAAUUUCUUCAACGUGUUAGAUUGUGGAAGCAAGAGGU